GAAGCCAGUCUUGCCGAUAGCGGGCUGUGUGGGGGGCAGUUCGCUGCUGCUUUCUGGUUUGGUGGCUCGCUCCGGGAAAGGCAGGCAUGAAGAUCACGAGGCAGAAACACGCCAAGAAGCAUCUUGGCGUCUUCCGCAACAAUUUUGGGGUCCGCGAGCCGUACCAGAUCCUGCUGGACGGCACCUUCUGUCAGGCGGCUUUGCGGGGCCGCAUCCAGCUGCGGGAGCAGCUGCCCCGCUACCUCAUGGGGGAGACUCAGCUGUGCACCACCAGGUGUGUGUUAAAAGAGUUGGAAACGUUGGGAAAGGACUUAUAUGGGGCAAAGCUGAUUGCACAAAAAUGCCAGGUUCGAAACUGUCCCCAUUUCAAGAAUUCAGUGAGUGGAUCAGAAUGUCUGCUUUCCAUGGUGGAAGAUGGGAAUCCUCACCAUUAUUUUGUGGCAACACAGGAUCAGAAUUUGUCUAUGAAAGUAAAGAAAAAGCCUGGAAUUCCUCUCAUGUUCAUUAUUCAGAACACUAUAGUCUUGGACAAACCUUCUCCAAAAACAAUUGCAUUUGCUAAAGCAGUAGAGUCAGGUCAGCUUGUCUCAGGGCAAGAGAAACAAAGUAUCAAGCAACUCAAAGAGGAACAGGGUUUAGUAAAAGACCCUGAACAGAGAAGAAAAAAAAAGCGCAAGAGAAUAAGUGGCCCUAAUCCUCUUAGCUGUUUGAAGAAAAAGAAAAAAACACAGGAUACAAACUCAUCUGCCUCUGAAAAGAAAAGAAAAAGAAAAAGAAUCCGAAACAGAUCUACCUCAAAAGUACUUUCUGAAAAGCAGAAUGCAGAAGGGUAAUGAGUCCUUUGGAUACUUUUAAAGACAUGCAAAUAUGAAAAUGAAUUUCGUUUUGAAACUGUGGAAGUACUUACGUUAAAAGACUAAACUUAUUUUUGUAAAUGAAUAUUGACCCACAAGCCUUUGUAUAAAAUUAUUUGUUAAAAAAAAAAAAAAAAACCCAGAAUGGAUGGAUUUAGGUGGGAUCAUGUUCACUUUUCUUAGAGAAUUUGGAGGUUGUUUUUUAAUGUAAAACUGUUGUCUCUUUCUGUCUUACUGCUGCCCACCACCCUCCAACGUUAUAUGCAGAUAGUUUAAAAAAAUCAUAUAGUACCAAAACACUUGUGACAAAAAAGAGGUAAUCCCUUUUUCACAUUCACAAAGGAAACUUUCUCUUUCAACUCAUGUAGUGGUUUUAGAAUUUACCUGUACAUUUCCAAAUAAUAUGAAUCUGCUGCUACCUUUGGAUCUGCCCAUUAUUUAUUGACUUCCUACUAGAAGGAGCGGAAAUUUUGCUUACUUAUUUUACUCCACCAUUUUUCUAAUAUAUUAAUAUUUCAAUCUUUAUACAUCCCAAAUUCAGUAUUUUCAUUUUGAUGACUAUAAACUCUGUUUACCGCUAAACCAAGUAGUCUCCUAUGGUUGAAUUUAUUUUUUAUGUUACUUUUUUGUUAUUCCAGAAGUUAAUAAUGGUCUCAUUUUCUUCUAGCCUCUGACUUGAUCUUACCAUAUUCUCCAGUAACUCUGGAAAGGAUCUCAUAAUUUUCAAUAUAAUAUCAGGUCAUUUCUUACCCCUGGAAUACUUCUGGAGCCAGCCCUCUGUCCUCCAAUGUGGAAAGGUUUUCUGCCAAGCAUGUUGCUCAGCUAUCAGCCAGGCAUUUCCUGUCCUUAUCCAGAGAAUCUACUUUGUCACUUCUGUAGCCUAGAUACUUCAUUCUACUCAUUCUUGAUUUCCUCUUCUGCUGUGGUGGAGCAUAGAGUGUGUAGGAGGUACAUUUUUUGAGGCUCAACCAGUGUGUCUAAACCUGUAUUUGUUGCACUGAUAAUCUAGCAAGAUAAAGAUUCUUUGUUGAAAAAUCA